AUGUGUCUUGUCCUGAUUUGUGUGCGAGUGCCAGUUCCUUGUCAUUCACGUAUUUACAGAGCUUCGUGCGAGGAAUGUUGUCCUUAUGAACCAUUAUUAGAAAUGACAAUGUGUCUAGGACACUUCUUUGAGGGACAUCGCACUGAGGUUCCAUCUCAUCGGAUAGUGGUGAGUUUGAUUGCGGUGAGCGGUGCGGACCUCGUCAACGGCAUGAUGUUUGGCUGGACCGCGGUCUUGCCUAAGCUCCAGGAGGACACCAGCAGGUUCACGGUGACCGAGGACGACGUUUCAUGGCUUGUAUCUGUGGUCUUAAUAAUGGGUUUCAUCACCGCCCCAUUGGCCGGACCUAUAGCAGAGUGCGUGGGUCCGCGACGGCUGCUCAUGAUCAUAACGCUUCCCGUUACUGGACUUUGGCUCGUGCAGGCCUACAGUCCCUACCUGUGGCUCCUUUACCUCGCGAGAGCUCUAAUGGCGAUCUGCGGCACAGUAGUGUACACGGUCGUGAACCCGUUGGCUGCAGAAUUGUUUCCGGCCCACAUUAGAGGCGUGGCUACAGCGGUUCCAGAGGCGUUCGGCUCUGCAGGAUUAUUGCUAUCCUAUCUGCUAGCUUCUGUUUUGCCUUGGGACACGGCCACUGCAUUUUUUGCUGUCCCCAUCCUGCCCCUGUCCUUUAUGAUGCUGCUUGUACCAGAGUCCCCAUACUGGCUAGUACGAAAAAAUAAUAUCGACGCAGCUGAGAGAUUUCAGACUUCUUCUUGGCCGUGA